AUGGGUAACGCUUUAAAUAAGUUACUAAAACAUUAUAGAAACGUCGAAAAAAAAAAAAAUGAAUAUAAAUUUGGUAAGAUACUUGGAUGUGGAUCCUUUGGGGUUGUGAGAGAAUGUAUGAACAAAAUGACAAAAGAAGUGUAUGCAGUGAAAAUAAUUAAGAAAAAGAAAAAACACAAAAAGAGUUACAAUUUUGAGAAAAUGGUAAAAAAUGAGAUUAAAUAUUUGUCUAUAAUGAGUCAUGAAAAUAUUAUUAAGUUCAAAGACUUCUUUGAAGAUAAAAAUAAGUUUUAUAUAGUGUUAGAAAAAUGUGAAGGUGGAGAAUUAUUUUAUAAAGUUGUUAAAAAUAAAUGUUUGAUGGAGAGUGAAACAGCUUUAAUUGUUAGACAGAUUUGUUGUGCAUUACAAUACCUGCACUCAAAUAAUAUUAUCCACAGGGACAUAAAA